AGGCUGCAAGCUGAGUCGUGCCACAGUCAGAGGCAGACGUCGGAGCUGCGUGGUUGUGUGAGCGCCUCGGAGCGGCCAUCUGCACGCAUCAUGCUCCCGCUCAGACGCUCCAUGCAUUCUCCUCAGUGCUAAUUCCCACUUUUGAACGAGGACAAAGCGGACAGCUGGGUUGUCUUUUUCUUUUUUGCAGCAGCAGGAGCAGGACACUGGGAGCUGCGCCAGGGAAUAAUAAUAAUAAUAAUAAUAAAAGGUGGGGGUGGGGAGGGGGGAUGACCUUACGGCACGCUUGAGCGAUGUUCCACAGGAUUCUCUAUCUCGUUACAAAGGCUUUUGCCGCUCACUGAUGGACUAAUGGAGGGACUCGGCGGCUUGUCAUGCUUGAAUCCCAGCUCCGCACAACCGCUGUCCCAGACCUUCUUGGUGACCGCUGCCAGAUCCACUGUGGGGUAGCGUGGCAGAGCGAGGACCCCCCUUAGCCUCCUGUCUCGUCCAAAACCUCAACCUUCCCUUGUCUGUACCUCUGCCUGCAUGAGUGUAUUUACAUCCCUUAAGCCCCCCCAGAAGCAGUCUUCUGCCGCCUAAAUGAUCUCCUGGACCUCCUCGCUGCUCCGCCGUCGCCUCUUGAGCCCCUCUAUAUUUCUUACAGACGAACAUUUUCCAUCACUGGGGUUGAUCCCCCUUUCACUUGCCCUUGCCCCGCCCUCUUCCCAAUCUCCUGCCCUCUGACCCUCUUGUUUUCAUCGCUCCCCUCUCCUCUGUCCCCUCUUUAGGCCCCCCUCCCCAAAUUCAUUUCACCCCCAUGACCAUGUUGCCAUGUGUCUGCUGGCUCCAGCCUAUCCUCAUGGUGCUGACCUCUGUCUUCUGGACCCGGGGGGAGAACUGCCCAGCGACCUGCUUGUGCCCGGACCCCCAUACGGUGGACUGCAGUGGCCGGGGGCUGACCCACCUUCCCGAUGAGAUCCCCCUGGACGUGCGCAGGCUCCUGCUGGCUGACAACUGGAUACCCCGCAUCCCCUCCGACUUCUUGGUUCUGUAUAGUGACUUGGUCUACCUUGACCUCCGGAACAACACCCUCUCCUACAUUGAACCGGGGACUCUCAGCACCUCCUCCAGGCUGGUCUUCCUGGACCUUGGCAGCAACAACUUGACAGAAAUCCCCAAGGGGACGUUUGGGGAGUCCCGGAGCCUGAUCAAGCUACGUCUUGGCAACAAUCCCUAUCUGAGCAUGGUAAGCGAGGAUGCUUUCCUGGGCCUCACCUCGCUCCGGGAGCUAGAGCUGGAGCGCAACGCGCUGUCCACCCUCAAGGUGGGGGCGCUAAGUCAGCUGCCCUCCCUGCGGGUGGUGAGGCUGGAGGGCAACCCCUGGGUGUGCAACUGCAACUUUGCCAACCUGUUUGCAUGGCUCAUGGAGAACAGUCACAAGCUUCCCAACGGAGUGGAAGGCAUGGAGUGCUCCCUGCCCAUGGACGGCCGGCGCGUGUCCCUGACCCAGCUCUCCAAGGACAGCUUCCGCGAGUGCCAGGCCAGCCUGACUCUAACAGACCUGCUCAUCAUAAUUUUCUCUGGCAUCUCGGUGUCCGUGGUGGCCAUCAUGACCAGCUUCUUUCUGGCUUCCACCGUUCACUGCUUCCAGCGUUGGAGUAAAGGCUCCAAGGGUGACGAGGAGGAGAGCGAAGAGUGACAAGGAUGUACUUUUAAGGGCUUGUUUAAUCCGGCUAUUUCAGGCCUUGACAAGACUCCACGGACAAAGUGUGCAACACGGGGACAGAUUUAUGCUGCUUCCUCCCUGGUGAACAACAAGGACUGUUUUAUGGAAGUAUCCUAGCCUGGUACAGUCGGGGUUUUCUUUGCACACGGGCAUCUAAUUAUGGUAUGAAAAGGCACUCCUUAGGGAUUAUACAGUGUAUUAGUGGGCUCCACUCAACAUGAUCUCACACUUCCAACAUAGCUAGGGUAGCACUUUGCAUAGAAGAUGCAGGGAAAAACAGAACUUAAGCUGUGGUCACAUUUGCAGCGCCAUACCAUAUUGUCACAAUUGUUAGAGAUCACGUUAAUGUUUUGGCCAGUAAAAGAACGUAUGCCACAACUAGGGGUGUAAUGGUACGCUUUAGGAAAAGGGUGUAAAGCCAUCUCCGGGUCAGGAAUGAGAUCCUGCCCCAAGUGAAGUUCAAGUACCUUGGGGUCUUGUUCACGAGUGAGGGAAGGAUGGAGCACAAGAUCGACAGAGGGAUUGGUGCAGUGUCUACAGUGAUGAGGACUCUGCAUCGGUUCGUUGUGGUGAAGACGAGCUGAGCCGGAAGGCAAAGCUUGCAAUUUACCGGUCGAUCUACGUUCCUACCCUCAUCUAUGGUCAUGAGCUUUGGGUAGUGAUGGAAAGGGCAAGAUCGCGGGUACAAGUGGCCGAAUGAGUUUCCUCCAUAAAGUGACUGAGCUCUCCCUAGGAGACAGAGUGAGAAGCACUGUCAUCCAGGAGAAACUCUUGAGUAGGACUGCUGCUCCUCCACAUUGAGGGGAGCCAAAUGAGGUCGCUCGAGCAUCUGGCAUCUGGUCAGGAUGCCUCCCGGACUCCUCCCUUGGCAGGCGUUCAGGGCACGUCUGACGGGCAGAAGGGCUCAGGGAAGACCUAGGACACGUUGGACAGACUAUGUCUCUCAACUGGCUUGGGAAUGCCCCAGGAUUCUCCGGGAGGAGCUGGAUGAAGUAGCCUGGAGAAAGACGUAUGGGCUUCUCUGCUUAGGCUGUUGCCCCCACAACCCCGCAUAAGCGGAAGAAGAUGCAUAGCUGGAUGGACGGUACGCUUUAAUCGUGGUUUGGUACGUACCUCUGUUUAAGGUCACGGUUUAGGGUCCAGUAAGAGAGAAUGUAAAACACACACUUUUGUGUAAACAGCUUUGGUGAUUUGAAAAAUUAUACAUAAAAAAACUGCAAAAUGCUAGGAGGUAAUUUUCUAUGAAAUACAAUUCUCACAACUUUAGUAUAAACCACUUUAACAGCAACCGUAUUGGAAAACAAAAUGCUGUACUUUAAAGAUAAGUAAAAUAUAGAAUACCCGUACAAAUGCAUGUACCGUUACACCCCUAGUCACAACGUAAUUGGAGAGUGAUGGUGACAUAUUGCAAAACUCGAAAUAUAAACUAUAAAACAUGAUGCACUCAUACGCAGGUUGUAACGGACCGAGGUCAGAUUGCUUUCACACCACAUUUGAAGCGGUUGAUUUGGUCCAAACCACAGUGGGUUUGCUGUGUUCACACCUAAUGAAUCAAGGAACAAACUACAGAAAAUGGCGUGAAAGCAACAGUGGUCCACUUGUCUUCACUAGCACAGCAAUGGCACCACAAGUUGUUUUUUUUUUGUUUUUUUUUACCGAACCAAAAAUUAUGAACACAACCUUCAAAUACCAUAAAGUCGGAUUGCGACAUCUUAAACCUGUCUGAAUUAUGUCAUGAAAGAUGUCAUACAGACCGGUGACCUUAGUAUUUAAACUCC